CAUUCAUAUUUCCUUUGACUGAACGAAAUUGAAUAGAAUGAAGUUUGCACAUUCGCUUAUACUAAACGCUGUACCGGAAUGGUUGGAUAAAUAUGUUGACUAUGACCGACUUAAAAAAAUUGUUUAUCAAACUGAGCAAAAGAGAAUCGAUCAACAAAACUUUGAUGCAAGAAGCCACCUACAAAAGAUUGAAGAAGGUUUUCACGAAAAGAGGAACUUUAAAUUUGAUGAAGAAGGUGCAGCCACUGACGAAGAUAACGGAAUAUAUGUUAAUAUGGAUAAUGAAUAUUUUUUAAAUGAGCUUGAUAUUCAACUACAAAAAGUUAGCAAGUUUUUUGUAGCUAAGAAAAAAGAUUUUUUUGAUGAUGCAGAUGAGCUCGAGGUUGAAUUUCAUACAUUUAAUAUUCCUUUGCCAGAUGAAACUCGGCAGCCUUUAUUAGAAAGUAUUUCAACUCAAACCGCAUUAGAACGUCUUAAUUCUGAACAUAAUAAAAGGAAAAAAUCAUCAUCAGAAAGUGGGACAAAAGAUUUACAUGUUAACACCUUUUUUGCGCCUACAUCUGAUUUAGAAGCAGAAGCAGAUGAAGAUAUGUCCUCAGGCCCAUUAUAUAGUAGUAAAAACGCUGAAGCCAAAUAUAAUACACCAAAAACUAUACAUAAGCAUUCUAGCGUUAUGUCAAGUAGUAUCGAAGAUAACAACCAAAAUAAUACGAUCAAUAAAAGAGCUUUUUCUCUAUCUCCUUUAGUAGGGAGAUUCUCAGCUGCACAUGCUCCUUUACGGUCAAAUACGAUUAAUUCCACUACUCUUCGUUCUCGUCGUGGCUCAAGGAUCGAAAAAAGUCUUAGUGAGCAUGGUGGUAUGUCUAGUUAUACUGAAGACAUUAUUAAUACGCCUCCCACUCGUAUUAUGCAAUCUAUGGGAUUUCGUCGUAGAAAAAAUUCACAUAUAUCUCUUUAUCAACCUGAUAAUGUGAAUGAGUUUAAUCAAUUCUAUAACUUUCGAGUUCGAUGCGCUGCUACGUAUAUUGCUUUAACAGAACUCAAAUCAUAUGCUAAUAUCAACAGAACUGCUUUUGAUAAAAUCCUCAAAAAAUGGGAUAAAGUAACGGGUUACAAUCUAAGGGAAAGCUACCUUACAAAAAUAGUUAACAAUGUAGAAGCAUUUAGUGAAGAUAAUUCUGCUCAAUUUGAACAAAGAUUAGAGCAUAUUUUAAGUAUGUACGCUGCAAUAUUCACUGUAGGAAAUAAGCAUAAUGCCGAAGUAGAACUUAAAAUGCAUAUGCGCGAUCACAUUCAGUUUGAGCGAACUACUGUAUGGAAGGAUUUGGUUGGCAAAGAAAGACAGACCUUGGAUGCACAUGCAACAGUACCUCAACGAAGAGUUCUUAUUCCCAUAAUUCAUAUUUUCAUCAAUCGCCAAACAAUAUCAAACAUCAUAGGUUUUCUAAUUAGUAUUACUUCAUACAUUGUAUUGAUGUGCAUUGAUACUAUGGGACAUUAUGAAGCAAGUAAAUGUUUAGCGCUUCUGAUAUUUGCUGCUCUCAUGUGGGCUUCUGAGUGUAUACCAUUAUUUGCUACAGCAUUUUUAAUUCCAUUGAUGAUUGUACCUAUGAAAAUUAUCCGAGAUUCUAGCGGUAGUACUAUAAGCGCUUCAAGCGCAGCAAAACUUGUCUUUUCACAAAUGUUUAAUGACACUAUUAUGAUUUUAAUUGGUGGUUUUGCUAUCGCUGCUGCGCUCAGUAAACAUGGUAUUGCCAAAGCAUUUGCUGCUACUGUUUUGAGCAAAGCUGGCUCUAAGCCUCGAUGGGUUAUUUUAGUUAAUAUGUAUCUAGCCGCUUUUUUAUGUAUGUGGAUUAGCAAUGUGGCUACUCCAGUUUUAUGUUUUUCUUUAGCAGAGCCUAUUCUAAGGACCUUAAAGCCUAAUUCUAAAGUUGCGCCCUGUUUAAUUAUGGGAAUUGCUCUUGCAAGUUGUAUUGGUGGACUUUUAUCUCCAAUCUCAUCACCUCAAAAUAUUAUUACAAUUAAUUUAAUGAACCCAAGCCCUAGUUGGGGUAUUUGGUUUGUAGGUGCAAUUCCAUGUGGUUUUAUUACUAUUUUAACAACUUGGAUACUUUUGCUUCUUUAUUUUCGUCCUGAUUUUGAUACGCCUUAUUUAAAUGUUAUCAAAUCUCAACAUUUUUCCCGACCUUCUUUAUCACAGAUUUGGGUUUGUCUAGUUAGUUUAGCUACUAUUGCUCUUUGGUGUGCAGAAUCUGCUUUGAAUGACUUUUGGGGAGAUAAUGGUGUAAUUGGUGCUAUUCCAUUUGUUUUAUUAUUUGGAACCAAAAUGCUCAACAAAAAUGAUUUAAAUAACUUUUUAUGGUCUGUUAUUAUUCUUGCGCAAGGUGGAAUGGCUUUAGGGUAUGCAGUUAAUAGCUCAGGUCUUUUGGAUGUAAUUGGUCAUCAGAUUGCUGGCAAUGUUAAUAAUCUUUCUGCUCUUUCUAUUACAUUUAUUUUUGGUAUGCUAGUCUUGGUGUUUUCUACUUUUGUCAGCCAUACAGUUGCAGCCUUGAUUAUUUUACCUAUUGUUAGCGAGGUUGGUCAGCAUCUUCCUGUUCCACGUCCUAAUUUAAUGGUUAUGACUACGGGUCUAGUCUGUUCUGUUGCAAUGGGCCUUCCCGUAUCUGGUUUCCCUAAUAUGAAUGCUAUUAUGCUUGAAGAUCCUACAGGAAAACCUUAUUUAAAAAUUAAAGAUUUUAUAUUAAUUGGCAUUCCCUCAUCCCUUGUUGCUGCUGUUAUUACAAUUUGUCUUAGCUACGGUAUCAUUAGUAGUAUAGGUUAUUAA